UCAACUCUCACUUGCACGUUCGCUGGCCCGCCGCUUGCUUUUAAGUUUGUUUGGUAGCCAAAUACUCCCGUCUGCUGUAUCAAGCCAUGGCUAACCUGACGUACUAGGUAAUCGCCAUCCUGCCAUCUGUCCUGUUCGACUCGCAACCGUGCGAACGUAUCGUGAGCCUUCCGGUCGCCAAAAACGCGCCGCACGCUUUCGCCCGGUCGCGCAAGACUAUGAAGGCGGAGAAAAAAACUAGCGGUUGGGUGACAGAGGCAGGGAAAAGACGAGCUGGACGACAUUUGCGCCAGCUCAACGCAAACUCCUCAACCUCUCAAUGACGCUACCCGAUUACCCACGCAAUGUCGCCGCCACUGCUGUUGAGAAGGAGGAAGUUGUGGAAGAACAAGCUUACACUGUUUGCCUGGAGUUUGACUCUCCUUUCACCCACUCGGUUUCUGUGCUUUUUUGCACACAAGCCACUGGCCAUCUUCGUGAACCUUCUACCUCCUACCAUCCCUCCCCCAUACUUCAAUCUCUUCGAUCUCCGUCAUCUCCCGCGCCCCCUCCUGCAACAUUGCACAACCAGCAGAAGUAGCUGCACCCGUACCAGCACCAGCGCUCACACCGGUCCCAGGACUCGCACCGGUUACAGCACCAUCACCUAUACUACCAGUAGGUUCAACGAUGAUGGUCUGCUGGAAGGCCUGGCCUGGGCAGCGAUAGCCUUCUUGCCUACGGUGGCCUUGGUGGUGGUCUUGACGGCCGGCGGUUGCCAAGUGCCAACACGGGUCACCUUGGACUUUCGUACCAAUGACACCGCUGUGCCAUUCAAUGAUAUAUGGAAGCACUACGCGAGCCUAUCGGCUGACUCGGGGUUGUUGUCUGGCACUUCCAACUGCCUUCAUCUAUUGACCGACACGCUCCUCGUUCCCUUGUUGAUACUGCAACAAGAAGUCGUUCCUUGAUGUCCUUGCAGGCGGACUGCAUAAGAAUUGUUGGGAUAGGCAGUGCAAGCUGCCCAAGGUCGCUUGAUCGGAGUGGGCCGGGCUGUGCAGCUGCUGAUCUAUCUUUGGCAGCACCAAUCUCAACGCAACUCGCAAGCAUUUCCUGAACGACGGUUUGCAGGUCCGUGCGCUUCUGCCUAGUCUCAGUGGCGUGGUGGCUCGUGUUUCUACCACGUGCCUAAUUGCUAUGCUCUCUACUACAUAGACGAG